CUACAAUCAAUUACAAAAGAUCCCUCACCAGGAAUCCAGAUUUGUUUUGGUGAUAGUUUAUUAUAGAGGACCCCCUGUUUGUUUGAGGGGAGGGGGGGGGCCCUAUUUACUAAUCAGGCGCCAACAUUAUAUAUUAUAUAUACUUUUCAAUUAGACAUGCCGCUGUCAGGCAUAUGCUACGAUCCUUUCGCAAUUCUAACGCCCUCAGAGGUAGCGAUGGCCAUCCGCUCCUUUCCUGCCCUCAAGUUUGAGGAGCCUCACCUCUUGCUGCGUAUGCUGCACUCCUUGUCCCCAAAUGCCAGUCCCCUGCUGAUGAUUGCAGGCACUUCCGAUGCUCAGGAGUUUUCGGGCAGCUUGUUGCACAGGAUGACCAUGGCCGAGCUUGUGGAUAUCUUCGAAGCUUUUGGGGAACAAGGCCUCAGUGGUUGUGACUUGGUGGCUGAGGCGAUUGUACACCGAUACCGCGCCAAUGGUGGCCGUUUGUCUCGAAGGAACACGGCCAGGACCUUGAAUGUGCUGGCGCAGCUUGGCCCUCAGAAGGAGCUAUUAGAGCUCUUGCUUGAGGAGCUAAAUGGCUGGCAGGUGAGUGACCCUGCUGGUUCAGAGCUCCGGCCACGGCCGGCCCUCACAGCGGUAUGGUCGCUAUGUAUUCUGGAUCUGCUGCCGAGGAUGGCUACAGUCGUUGAUUGGUUUCUUGAGUUCUUGUGUCGAGAAGCUGUUGCCUCGUACGCUCUUGGUACCAAAGCGCAGGCAUUGCAACUCUUUGAAAGCCUUGGAGCAGUACAGUCGACACUGCCCCAGAUGGCAAAGAGGCACUUGGACAGCCUUAUGGCAGGCCACUCUCCAGCAGCUGAGCAGGUGAUUUUUGAGCUUGGCCACGGGCGUCGGCUUCGAAGUGUGCACGAGCUCUUGGCACUGCCUAGGCCGGUGCAAUUGGAGCCGGGAUCAGAGGUGCCCAACAUUGCACCAGAGACUUGGUCAAGUCUUCAGGCUACACAGCUUGGUGGGCUAAACUCUGAAAGUGCUGACGACCUUGAAGGCAACCUCCCAGCUGACAAUUUCCAAGGCCGUUCCUUGCUGGACGAGUUGGCCAUGCAGUGGGAGAUGAAGAGAAGUCAACAGGAGCGUGCAGCAGCGAAGUGCAAAGAGUUGAUUGGAUUUGUCUUAGCAGGGCUGAACGCCGCACCGUUGCUGUUGGCUGCACCACACCCCCUGGGUCUCGUAGCACGGGACGAGCUGCGUGGCAGCGGAGGCUUUGAGGCCCAGUGGCCUACAGGGUGGUAUGACGUUGACUGGGGACACCCAUUCUUUCGUCUCGGCCUUGUUGUCUUGAGGGACCAGGACUUCCUCCAGAACGGUAGAGGUGAGCUGCGCGGUGCUGUGCGCCUCCGCCUCCGGAUGCUGUCAGAGGAACGCUGGUGGUUGAUCCUUCUGCGGGCCUCAGCUGUGGAGAGGUGGAUUGUACCAAAAGAGCGGCAGCUGUUCAAUCGUCAGCUGCAGGCUCGCGUAGCUCGUGCAAAUAAGCUCUACCCGCUGGAGCAAAAGUUGCUUCAGAGAAGGAUGCGGCACCUUGACCAAGAGGCAACAGAACUGCGCAAGCUCUUCACCCAACAGUUGCGGCAGCAGCUGGAUUUUAUUUUCCCGGACGCGCUCACAGCAGGCCCUGCGCUCAAUGGCGCUGCUAAGCUUCUGAAAAGAGGGGAGCAACCAGGAGAAGAUGGGGUUUUGGCCACGAGACGAGACCGUCCUUGAAACCGGGCAGUUUGGUCUUGAUAGCUUGACUUUAUCCCAGAAAGCGAGACUCUCCAGUCAAGUGUGUUGAAACUGCAGUCACACUCAUUCUAUAGCCAAAUUCUGUGCGACAUUGUUGACUUUACUUCGGCCAAUUGAUGACCCUCAACAGAUCCUCUUUUUGUCUCUGUACGCAGUACAUAGUCGAUCAAAAUCGGGUGCUCGACAUAUUCUCGAGUCGGAAGAGAGAAACUCCCACAUCGAUAUUUGCAUACAAACAAACCCAUUCUUUAUUAUAGACUGUACUUCAAGUGACUAUGACUGUCUGCAAGUUGGCAUAGAGUGGUGAUGUUGAUUCCGUGUUCGGUACCCAAGCAACAGGAGUGGGUCUACAGUGUUUCGUUUUGCCAGUGGUCUUGCCUACCUUUUCUUGAUGCCCAUUGGUGUUUGUGACAGUGAGCAAAAACAGAUCUUGCAUUGUUAAUCCAAAGCUACUGGCACAACCUGCAAGCUGCUUAGCUCAAGUUGAGCAACCCAGCACAGGUCGCACACGAC